AGAGAGAGAGAAAACCCAUCAUCAUAGUCUCUCUCUCUCUCUCCCUAUAUAUUUGUUUGCUCUCUCCCCACUUCCUUCAACCAUAUUUACAACACAUCUCCUCUCUCCCAUUGCCACUCUAAUUCCUUACACUGCAACUUCAACAACAACAAGCAGAAGCAGAGAUCAUGUCGUCUGACCCCCAGAACGACGCCGUUCUCGCCUACCCUUUUCAAAUCGACUCCCUAAAUACAAAUAAUAAUGUCCACCAACUUCCCCUCCUCACUGUUACUCUCAAGUUUGAAGAAAUUGUGUACAAAGUGAAAUUGGAGGAGAAAGGCAACUGGUGGGGCGGAACCAACUACAGGGAAAAGACCAUCCUAAACGGCCUAAGCGGCGUCGUUUUGCCAGGCGAAAUCCUCGCCAUGCUCGGCCCUUCCGGCAGCGGCAAGACCACCCUCCUCACGGCCCUCGGCGGCCGCCUCUCCGGCAAGCUCUCCGGCAAAAUCACCUACAACGGCCACCCCUUCUCCGGCGCCACCAAGCGCCGCACCGGCUUCGUGGCCCAGGACGACGUCCUCUACCCCCACCUCACCGUCGCCGAGACCCUCCUCUUCACCGCCCUCCUCCGCCUCCCCUCCUCCCUCUCCGCUGCCGACAAGGCCGACGCCGUAGACCGCGUCGUCUCCGAGCUCGGCCUCGCCCGCUGCCGGAACAGCAUGAUCGGCGGGCCCCUGUUCCGGGGCAUCUCCGGCGGGGAAAAGAAACGGGUGAGCAUCGGGCAGGAGAUGCUGAUCAACCCGAGCCUGCUGCUGCUCGACGAACCCACCUCCGGCCUCGACUCCACCACCGCCAUGAGAAUCGUCACCACCGUCAAACGCCUCGCCGCCGCCGGCCGCACCGUCGUCACCACCAUCCACCAGCCCUCCAGCCGCCUCUACCACAUGUUCGAUAAACUCAUUCUCCUCUCCGAAGGAAGCCCAAUCUACUACGGCCCGGCCUCCUCCGCCGUCGAUUACUUCUCCUCUAUCGGAUUCUCCUCCUCCAUUACCAUUAAUCCCGCCGAUUUACUGCUCGAUCUUGCAAACGGGAUUGGACCUGAUUCAAAGUAUACAAAUGAACCAGGAGAGAACAUGGAGCAAGAGCAAAAGGGCGUGAAGGAAGCCCUAAUUUCAGCUUAUGAUAAGAACAUUUCCACCACAUUGAAGGCCGAGCUUUGCAGUUUGGAUGCCAAUAACUUCACAAACUAUGCAAAAGACGCCUCAAAGAGAGAGAGGAGAUCAGCGGGAGAAGAAGAGUGGUGCACGAGCUGGUGGUAUCAAUUCAGAGUGCUGCUACAGAGAGGGCUGAAGGAGAGAAGGUACGACGCCUUCAAUAGGCUCAGGAUUUUCCAAGUCAUAAGUGUCGCAUUUCUUGGUGGACUCCUUUGGUGGCACACCCCAACUUCUCAUAUUGAGGAUCGAAUAGCGUUGUUGUUCUUCUUCUCCGUCUUUUGGGGGUUCUACCCGCUCUACAACGCCGUGUUCACCUUCCCCCAAGAGCGGACCAUGCUAAUAAAAGAGCGCUCCUCGGGCAUGUAUAGACUGUCGUCUUAUUUCCUAGCCCGCACCGUCGGCGACCUCCCGCUCGAGCUUGCCCUCCCAACAGCAUUUGUCUUCAUCAUCUACUUCAUGGGUGGGCUUGACCCCCACCCGGCCACGUUCCUCCUGUCGCUCCUCAUCGUUCUGUACAGCGUCCUAGUCUCGCAGAGCCUAGGACUAGCCUUCGGGGCGAUCCUCAUGGAUGUCAAGCAGGCCACCACCCUCGCCUCCGUCACCACCCUCGUCUUCCUCAUCGCCGGCGGCUACUACAUCCAGCAGAUCCCGCCAUUCAUCGUCUGGCUCAAGUAUCUCAGUUACAGCUACUACUGCUACAAGCUUCUGUUGGGAGUGCAGUACCGAAACGACGACGUUUACGAGUGCGGGAGAACUGGAGAGCUGUGCCGAGUUGCGGAUUUUCCGGCCGUGAAGUCGGUUGGGUUGGACCGGCUGUGGGUCGAUGUUGGGAUUAUGGCACUUAUGUUGGUUGGCUACCGACUACUGGCGUACGCGGCGCUGCACCGGGUCAGAUUGAGGUGAGGGAUGGGAGGGGUAAGAGAGUAAUUUGAGUAUGUUUUUGAUGUGGAGAUCGGAUAAUGGAGAUACAGAAGUCAGAAGAUAUAUAUAUUUCAAUUUGGGUUCUUUCCCAGGAAUGAAAAUUAAUUAAUCUUAAUGAAUUAAUGAA